GCCCCUGGAAAUUUCCACUGCGUGCAUCUGACGAAGUGGGUAUUCACCCACGAAAGCUCAUGCUCCGAAACGUCUGUUAGUCUAUAAGGUGCCACAGGAUUCUUUGCUGCUUUUACAGAUCCAGACUAACACGGCUACCCCUCUGACACAUGACACCACUGAGCAGUUUCGAUUAGAAGACCUGAAAAUGAAGCAAAAUACUGACAAAUGGGAAAAGAAUUCAUUUUGUGUCGACCGGAAUCUAUUGGUUCAGCUAUCCGGUGGAAAAAGCAGUUAUUCCCAUAGCUGUGUGUGACAUCAGACGCCUCACAGAAAUCUGUUACGGAGUCAGAGCCAGCAGCCCUUAGCCCCGCCCAUCACCGCGACCGAGCCCCAUGAACCUGCUAAGCAUUGUGCUGCUCCUGGGGACUGCAGUUGCAGCCUGGGGCAGUUUAAAGCUCAGGGGGCAUCCGUGCCACCCCCACGCACAGCCCUGGCAGGCAGCCAUCUUCGAACGCUCCAAGUACAACUGUGGUGCCACCCUCAUCAGCAGUAGAUGGGUCCUGACUGCAGCCCACUGCCUGACUGGCCCCAUUCACGUGCGCCUGGGGGAUUACAACCUGUAUGUCCGUGAGGGGACCGAGCAGUACAAAGCCGUGGCCAAAAGCAUCAUCCACCCCGACUACAACUGCACGGACCACGACAACGACAUCAUGCUGCUCAAGCUGCAGACCCCGGCCAGGCUCAACCGCUACGUCCAGCCGCUGGGCCUGGCCUCCCGGUGUGCGGAGCCCGGCGAGCUGUGCUCGGUGUCGGGGUGGGGCAUUGCUCUCAACGCCCCCGAAAACAUCUCCAUCAUCCUCUACUGCACCAUGAUCCACAUUGUCUCCGAUGAGCAGUGCACGGCCGACUUCCCCAGGCAUGUCAACGAGAACAUGGUGUGUGCAGGCUUGAAGGGCGGGGGCACGGAUUCCUGUGAGGGCGACUCCGGCGGCCCGCUGGUGUGUAACGGGAAGCUGCAGGGCAUCGUGUCUUGGGGCGACGUGCCCUGCGUCUCCACCAUGAAACCCAGCGUUUACACGAACGUCUGUAAAUACUACGACUGGCUGCUGGCCACCAUGUGGGCAAACUGAGCCCCCACCUGCUUGUGACUGGGACCCCAGAAUAAACCAGGUGCUUCUCCCUUGAGCCUCAGCAUCUCCCCCCUUCCCCCCCCUUGGCCUGUGCAUCCUGUGCUCCCGCUCACGAGUGGUUUUUCCCUCCCUCAAUAACUUUGAAAGAAAAUUGCUAAUUUUUAAAAUUCUGCUGGAAAUUUUUUUCAUUUCAGUUCCCCAUUUUUUGAUGAAAAUGCUCAAAACCGACCUCUUUCCCAACGUUCCUUUUGCUUUUUCAUUUAAUUUUUUUCAAUUUUCAAGUCAACCCCCUCCCCAAAAGUCUAAAGCGGGAGAGGAAAUGGGUGUGGGCUGUUUCUCCUUCACUUUCUCUCCCUUUGUAAAAGCUUUCUUCCCCCCAGUGUUUUCCACUGGGAAAAAACGUAGGAAGGAGUAAAAAACUGACUGAGGAAUUGCCACACAAAAAAAAUUAAAAAAAACGCCAUUUUGCUGGGAUUAUUUUGUUGCUGAAAAGCAGGAAGGAAAGUGAAAGAUUUUGAAUGCAAGAUAAUGCUUUUUCCACUAGAAAAAAAUGGGGUGAAGGGAAUUAGCUAAAAAUCUUUUUACUGGAAAAAUGGGGUAAAAAAAAAUGAAAAUUGUUGAAUGUGACAAAAUCUAUUUUUCACCCAAGAAAGGGGGGGGGGGAAAGUGAAAAAAAUUUACUCAAAAUUUGUUUUCUCAGAAAAAUGAGG